AUGAUAGAGAUGUGUCGAUCAGCUGCGGUGGCUUUCAUGAGCUACAACACAAUGGAGAAUCUACUGAAGCCAGACUUCUUCAACACAUCAUCUGACACGGUUAAAACCAUGAUGUCCACUGUGAUCUCAGCUACUCUUCCCAAAACCACCAACACUGAGCUCACCAAACCAGUCAACUUCACUCUCAAACACAUCAGAGACUCUGAUCCCAGCGGUUCUCUGUCCUGUGUGUACUGGAAUAUCAGCGAGUGGAUCGUAGAUGGUUGUUCUGUUUUAAAGACCAACAGCAGCUACACUGUGUGUUCCUGUGUUCACCUGUCAACAUUUGCUCUCAUCAUGCAAACCAGCCGCCCAGCAGAGAGUGACUCACGGUUGGAUCUGUUGAAUUUGGUGUGUGUGAUCGUGGGGCUGGUGUUCUUCAGUUUGGCUCUGUUGACCUUUGCCCUUUGUCAGUGGAGUUCUGGAGUAAAUAAUGUGGCUCGAAUCAACAUCUGCAUCAGUCUUCUGCUGGCUCACCUUCUGUUCCUGCUCACACAGAGGUUCUUGAGCCUUAUACGGCCUCAGCAGGUGUUGUGUGCCAUGAUCUCGGGUCUUCUGCACUUCCUCUUUCUCUCCGGCUUUGUGUGGAUGUUCAUUGAAGCUGUGCUGCUCUUCAUCUGUGUGAAGAACCUAUCACAGAUCAGCUCCAAAGAUAGGGAGGUGCUUAGCAGUGGAUUCCUGUGUGUGAUUGGAUAUGUAUUCGCUCUGGUUGUGGUGUGUGUGUCUGUCGGUGUGGUUCCAGAAGGCUAUGGCAGUGAACAGUGAGUUGUUGUUGUCAUUUUUAAGUUAAUUUGACGGUAUGUUUUGAAGCAUGGAUGCUGGUCAUGUGACUAGCUAAGAACUAGCUCAAACCAGCAGCCAUGCUUCAAAUCACACCAAUAGGGUAGGCUGUAUCAGCAUCUUGCACAAUAUUAAAUCUGCAAUUUUCACCAGUCAGCACCUGAAAUAGUAUC